AUGGUUAAACCAGGAAGAAGAAAAAUGUCUUUACGUGCAUCUCUUAUAAAGCAAAUGGAAGCAACCCAACAAGCAGAAAGAAAGAGUAAGAACAUGAGCCUCGCCUUCACUAGCGCCAUCCACGACAUACGUGCCUCCUUAGCCGGAUUCACCGGUUUGAUAGAAUUGGGUCGUGAGAUUGCCCCGCUAAGUUCCGAAUCAGAGACCAAUUUCCUUCAAAUGGAGACUUGCGUUAAUGAUCUUCUCAAAAUCCUCAACCCUAUUAUGAAUAUAAGCAAGAUUGAAGCAGGAAAGAUCGAGCUAGAAGAAGAAGUUUUCAACAUGGCUAAUUUGCUAGAAGAAGUUGUCGAUUUGUAUCACCCCACUGGUAUGAAGAAAGGAGUCGAUGUUAUUUUGGAUCCAUGCGAUGGUUCAAUCUCGAGAUUAGAUCAUCUUGUUAGAGGGGAUCGAACUAAGCUAAAACAGAUCUUAUGGAAUUUGUUGAAUAAUGCUGUUAAAUUUACUAGUGAAGGCCAUAUAGUGGUUCGAGCUUGGGCUAAAAGUCCUGGAAUUCAGGAACCCGACGUUCCAUUCUCUCCAUGCACACGAAGAAACUCCUUUUGUUGCUUUCUGGUAAACAACAAAAGCAAUAACCUUGAUGACGAUGCCGGUUUACAGGAUUCAUUCAGGCGUACUCGUCGUUCUGAUCCUAAAUGUUUGGAGUUCUUCUUUGAAGUUGAAGACACCGGCCAAGGAAUUCCAAAGGAGAAGCAGAAAUUUGUUUUCGAGAAUUACGUUCAGGUCAGAGAGACGGCUCUUGCCCAUCAAGGGACCGGUCUAGGACUCGGCAUUGUUCAAUCGUUUGUAAGAAUAAUGGGAGGAGAUAUAACUAUAGUCGACAAGAACAUCGUCAAUGAAAAAGGGACAUGUUUCAGGUUCAACACUUUGAUGACGGCGGUCCAAAAUGAAGAUUCUUGUCAGCCAAAUAGCCCGAAACAUGAUCAAAACUCUGUUGUGGUCUUGUUCAUCCAAAGCAGCCAAAGACAACUUGUGAUUGAGAGGUUUAUCAGAAGCUUGGGAAUCAAAGUGCAUUCAGUUAAACAAUGGGAAAAGUUUCAUCAUGUCUUGAAAAAGGUCAAGCAGAAAUUAAUCACUCAUUUCCAAAGCAAUUCUUCUGGAAGAUCUGAAGUCAGCUCCAGGAUGGACUGCAUAAGUAGCCUUAGCAGGGCUGCAUCAAAAGCCUCCACCAGCACAAGGAUGAAGGAAAUAUUGGCCAUGAAUUCAAUGGACGGACAACAUGAUCUACAUUCAAUACCCAAUUUCGUACUCUUAGUAAUCGACGCAAAUGGAGGGCCAUUUCGUGAUCUGAGCAGAGCUGUGGCAGAGUUCAGAAGAGACAUUCACGAGUCUCGUUGCUGCACAAGAAUCGUUUGGAUCGAUAAGCCAGGUCAAAGCAGCAUACACUCCAAGGGACUAGAUGAAGACAAACUCCCUCCAACCGAUUUGAUCGUGUACAAACCUCUUCAUGGGUCCACACUCAAUGACAUUGUCUCCCUUCUACCCGAGUUCGGGGGCAGUAGUAGUGUUUUUUCGAGGAGGAGGAACAAUGAACAUGAACAGAAUCAAGGUUUCAAGAGUGACCAUAAUAUAUCAUCGGGUCCAUUGAAGGGUAAGAGAGUCUUGAUUGCGGAGGACAAUGUAUUGUUGAGAAAUAUCGCAAUUAAACACUUGUCUCGUCUUGGGGGAACCGUGGAGGCGUGCGAGAAUGGGAUAGAAGUUGUUGGAUUAGUUUGCACGGGGCUAAGGGAUCGCAACCGGGGAAGCGUUUUUCCAUACGACUACAUUAUCAUGGAUUGUGAGAUGCCAAUAAUGGAUGGAUUUGAAGCAACUAAGAAAAUAAGGGAUGAAGAGGUUAAUCACUAUGGUGUUCACAUACCAAUCAUGGCAUUAACUGCUCAUACAAAAGAUGAACAAGGAGACAGGGGAUUUGAUUUCCAUUUGACAAAACCAUUGACAAGUGAACAACUCCUAACUGCCAUUGAUUCUCUUCAAAGUAUGAUACUUCAAUCACUAGGUAGUUAUUUCCAAGGAUUGAAGAUGGAGGAAUCCGAGUCGAUAUCAGAAUAUUGUUGGAGAGUCAAGGCAGUUGUUAACCAGAUGAAGAUAUAUGGAGAGAAUUUUGAAGAUGUAUGUGUCAUCGAAAAGAUACUAAGAUCUUUGACUCCGGAAUUCGAUUAUGUUGUGUAUGUUAUUGAGGAAUUAAAAGAUCUUGAUUCUAUGACCAUUGAAGAAUUGGAGGAUUCACUUCAAGUUCAUGAAAUAAAUAUUACUAUGAGACAUGAGGAGCAAUUAGAACAAGCUUUGAAAGAUAAAGCCACUUUACAAGAUGUCCAAGGUAAAAGACAUCGGGGAAGUGGACAAAGAAAACCAAGAUAUGAUCGAGAACAAGGAAGAAGUGGAAGGAGCAAUAAUUUUGAAAAUUAUGGAUCAUCAAGUGUUGGAAGAGAAUGA